AUGUUUUAUACACAUGCUAUUUUGACCAAACGUGGUCCAUUGGCUCGACUUUGGCUUGCUGCACAUUGGGAUAAAAAAUUAACCAAAGCGCAAAUCUUCGAAACGGAUAUACGCCUUAGUUGCGAAUCGAUUCUUGAACCAUGUUUGAAAUUAGCUUUGCGUACAAAAGGUCAUUUACUACUUGGUGUCGUACGGAUCUAUUCUCGUAAAACGAAAUACUUACUAGCGGAUUGUAAUGAAGCGUUUAUUAAAAUCAAAAUGGCUUUUCGACCAGGUAUGGUCGGAAUGGAAGGAUCUAGUGCUCAUCAUACGGGACAAGAUCCUGAUACACGAGAAGUGUCGAUUGCUGCGAUAACCUUGCCGGAAAAUUUCCACGAUUUCGAUUUAAUCGAUCUCAAUAUCGACUAUACCGAUGACCCGUCUCGUUUUCAAAUGCAUCAAGCGCGUGCAGAAGAAAUCACAUUAAAAGAAGAUUUUGUUAGUGUACCAAUGCCACUCGAUGAUGAUUUUGGCGAUGCAAAUGGUCUCGACGAACCUGAAUUCUUCCGCAAACUUCAACCAUCACUACAACUGAAUGAACAAAAUUCAAGUCUGGACGUAGACACUACAAUCUUACGCAAAGAACAAAGUAUAAGCCGACCACUUGGUGAUGAUCCAUUCGCAUUGGAUGGUUUCGGAGAUUUUAACGCACCGGCGUCAGUGAUUGGUAUUGGUGGUGAUCAUUCGGAUCUUGCUCACGAUAAAGAUCGGUACGAUCAUGUAAUGUCUCCAUUUCAUCAAGAUGACAAUGGCCCCGAUAUACCUAUGCUCGACGAUCAUCAAGCACUAAGAAACGAUGAAAAUCACGACAAACAGAUGGAGACGGAAAUUGGCCAUAUUCCUGGUGCGGAUGAUACGACAAUUUUAUCAAAUGUUUCCGAUGAAUUUGUUCUACCACCAAUAUCUACAACAGAACAAACAUCGAUUGUUCGUCAAGCUGUUAAACGUAAACGAAAACUAGUUAUCGACGACGCUAAAGAAAUCGAUAGUUCAUCGAUGAAAACACAAUUGAGCGACACGACAGAUAUUGUUGGUGUACUUGAAUUAGCCCCGCCAACACGUCGUCUUAUGCAUUUAAAAGAAACGGGUGGUAUUGAAAAGCUAUUCUCACUCAGCACUACUUCCAUCUUCUCGAAAACAUUACAACAGUUAUACACACGUAACAUGGUGACAAAGCCAUUAGAACAAAUGCCACCGGAUAAUUAUCAAAUUCAACAUGAUCUUGCUAUGGAACAACUCGAACGUGAUCGAGAUGAUUCAUCCACGGAUCAAAUGCGUGCUACACAUCAUCAUUAUCUCGAAGUAUUAGGUUAUGAUCCGUCAUUUGUCGGCGCUGGUAUAUCACCAAAUCGUACGAAAAAACGUGGUCUAUCUCCAACUGAUGACGACCAUUUCUCCAAACAUCAACGAUCUGAUUCCUUAUUCUUCCCACCGAUGACGACAUCAAUGGAUAAUCUCAUGGAUGUUAUACCAGGACCAAUGUCACCAACGCGUAAAAGCGGCCGAAAAGUUCAUGAACUUAACCAAAUGCCUACAUCUCCAUCACGUGCAUCAGGAAAUAUCCGUCGCAAGAAAGGUAUGGGGCAUCUAACUAAAGAAAAUCAGGAAGAACAUGACGACGAAGAAGAUGAACAUGGACAAACAACAACUGCACAAGAAGAUUUUGAAUCUGGCAAAAAAUUGAAUCGUCGUGCAAAGAUUAUGCUCAAUGCUUUCGAACGUGCAUUUGAUUCUGCAGAUGCUCUUUCAUUUCAUGAUCAUCUUUCGUCGGGCAAUCCAAAUUAUCAUACACGAAAAUUAACAGCACAGAAGUUUUACACUUUAUUGGUACUAAAAAAACUUCAAGCUGUCGACGUCGAACAAACAGAAGCAUUCGGAGACAUAGCCAUCACUCCAGGUGCACAUUUUCAUCAGCAUAUAUCCAGUGGUGGAAGAUAA